AUCAUAUCUCCCACCUAGUUUCCAUCUUUUCUCUCUACGAUUCAUCGCAAUUCACAAAAUGGGCAAUUGCUUGAGGCGCCAAUCGCGGAUCGGAUACUCCACCGACGACGAUGAGGACUGGGAGGAUUUUCGGGCGGCGGCGGCGGCAAGCGGUGGUGUUAAGAAAUCGACGAGAGAGGUGAAAAUUAAGAUAACGAAGAAGCAGUUGGUGGAGUUGGUUGGUAAAGUUGAGGUAAAGGAGUUGAGAAUGGAACAGGUUUUGGCACACUUGAUGAAUCACUCUCUUCAACGUCCAUGGAGGCCUGCUCUUCAAAGCAUUCCAGAAGAUCAUUAACGUAAUUAUAUGGAACAGAGUAUUUGGCUUAUUGGCUCAAUCCUUCCACCAUAAAGAGAGGAUUUUGUUUUGUUCUUUUAUGGGAAUGUUAAUGUAACCACCAGGGUGGGUGCUUACACUUUUUGCUUCUUUUGUAAAUACAAAACUUUAGUACCCUUUGCUGCUAUACCCUAUAUUAUUAUUAUAUAUCACAGUUAGAGGUUCAUUUAUCUUCA